AUGACCAGCGACAACCACGACAACAACACACCAGUUCAAGUGAAGGGGGAGCCUCAGGAGCAGCUGUCCGUGCAGCUGCUCUUGGGGGACGCGGGCGAGUUCAAGUGCUCGCUGCCCCCACGGAAGAGGGCGCGGACCUCGGAGGAGAAGGAACAGCGCCGCGUGGAGAGGAUUAUGAGGAACAGGAGGGCCGCAAGGCAGUCCAGGGAGAGGAAGCGGAGGCACAUGGAGUUUCUAGAGCGGAAGUGUGCGCUCCUAGAGUGUAUCCUGCAAAGCGUGGACGCGGAGAAGUUGUUGCCACGGGGAAAAAAGCAUUUGUGGACGGAUUUGAAACAGUUACAAGAAAAUACAGAGGGCGGAGAACUUCUCGAGAGGGAUCUUGGCGAUGAUGAUAUCAUCCCAUCGCCACCUGGAAGUACUACCUCCCCAGACAAGAAAAUGAAAAUCAAAUCUGAAAAUAGUGUCUCCCCACUGGAUAUAUUCUCCUCCGCUGGUGCUUCCUCGGCGGCCUCCUCGGCGUGCUCGAACACCAGCCCCUUUGCUGACGACUUGUCGUUACAAUUGGGCAGUUUUGAACCGAUCACUCCACCGGAAUUUGAAAUCAAUUUCGAUUUCGAACAGGGGAAAAACGCCUCCAGUACAAGUACAAAUACAGCGCCCACAUUUAUAAAACAGGAAAAUGAGGAUAAUAUGUUGAAAUUCAGGAACCAUAUGUUGAUAAAUCCAUUAGAUCUGAUUAGUUCACCCACAGUAGGCUUUGAGAUGCGUAAUCCAGAAGUGAUUACCACCUAA